AUGGCCCUACCUCUCACCAGCUGCAGCACCCUGAAGAGUGGACCCUACACCUCACCUUGGAACCCCAGUAGAGCUGGCCCUGGUGGCAUAGGUGUGGACAAGCUGGCCCUGAGGACACUGGGGCAGGAGAAACAGCCCCACGUUUGCUGCUGCUUACUACAUAGGAACGUGUUCGGGCCCGCGGCAGGGGGCGGGGUCGCGCCUCCGCCUCGGCUCUGGUUCCAGCCGAGCCUCACCGACGCCGCCGCGAUGGAAAUCCCGAGGCUGCUCCCCCCUCCGGAGGAGGAGGCCGAGGCCCCGGCCGCCGCCCAGAGCCCCCGCGGGCCUCUGGGCCCGGGCCCGGGCGUGGUGCUCUACCUGUGCCCGGAGGCGCAGUGCGGACAGACCUUCGCCAAGAAGCACCAGCUGAAGGUGCACCUGCUGACACACAGCAGCAGCCAGGGCCAGCGGCCCUUCAAGUGCCCCCUGAGCGGCUGCGGCUGGACCUUCACCACGUCUUACAAGCUCAAGAGACACCUGCAGUCGCACGACAAGCUGCGGCCAUUUGGCUGCCCGGUGGAGGGCUGUGGCAAGAGCUUCACCACCGUGUACAACCUCAAAGCGCACAUGAAGGGGCACGAGCAGGAGAACUCCUUCAAGUGCGAGGUGUGCGAGGAGAGCUUCCCCACGCAGGCCAAGCUCAGCACCCACCAGCGCAGCCACUUCGAGCCCGAGAGGCCUUACCAGUGUGCGUUCUCUGGCUGCAAGAAGACGUUCAUUACUGUGAGCGCCCUGUUUUCUCAUAACCGCGCCCAUUUCAGGGAACAGGAACUCUUUGCCUGCUCCUUCCCUGGCUGCAGCAAGCAGUAUGACAAGGCUUGCAGGCUCAAGAUCCACCUGCGCAGCCACACGGGAGAGAGACCUUUCCUUUGUGACUUUGACGGCUGUGGCUGGAACUUCACCAGCAUGUCCAAGCUCCUAAGACACAAGAGGAAGCACGAGGACGACCGCAGGUUCACCUGUCCCGUGGAGGGCUGUGGCAAGUCCUUCACCAGGGCCGAACACCUGAAAGGCCACAGCAUCACCCACCUGGGCACGAAGCCUUUCGUGUGCCCCGUGGAAGGCUGCUGUGCCAGGUUCUCCGCCCGGAGCAGUCUCUACAUCCACUCCAAGAAGCACCUGCAGGACGUGGGCACUUGGAAAAACCGUUGCCCGGUCUCCACCUGUAACAAACUCUUCACGUCCAAGCACAGCAUGAAGACCCACAUGGCCAAGAGGCACAACCUCAGCCAGGACCUCUUGGCCCAGCUGGAAGCCGCCAACUCCCUGACGCCCAGCAGCGAGCUCACCAGCCAGGGGCAGAACGAUCUCAGUGGUGCAGAGCUGGUGUCUCUCUUCUCCGAUGUGCCUGGCCACAGUUCUGCUGCGGUGCUGGACACGGCCUUGGUCAAUUCUGGCAUCUUGACUAUUGACGUGGCCUCCGUGAACUCGACCCUCGCGGGAGGUCUCCCUGCCGAUAAUAAUAACCAUUCCUUAGGGCAAGCGGUGGACCCCCGGGCCCUGCGGGCCCCCAGUGACCUUCCCCAGAGUCUGGAUACCUCUCUCUUCUUCGGAACCUCGGUGACUGGUUAUCAGCAGAGCCCCUUAGACAUGGACGAUGUCUCCGGCGGAAACGUGGGGCUCUUCGGCUCCUUGGCUCUGAAGAACUCAAGCCUGGAGCCCCAGGUUUUGACGCCCAGCAAUAAGUUAACCGUGGACACGGAAGCUCUGACCCCCUCCAGCACCCUCUGUGAAAACAGUGUCUCCGAACUACUGACCCCUGCCAAAGCCGAUUGGAACGUGCAUCCCGAGUCUGACUUCUUUGGGCACGAGGAAGAAACCCAGUUUGGAUUCUCCAAUCCGACAGGAAGCCAUGGUUCUCAGAAAGAAACAGAUCUGAUCACGGUGACUGGCGCCCCCUUUUUGAUAUGAACCCACUCUGCCUGUGCCCUGCCAUGUGGCUCACUCUUAGGACGCUCGAAUCUGAGGACGUUCGGGAUGGAGUGCUUACGUGCAGUCGUUUCUUGCUGCCUUGCGAAGGAACGCAUCUGUGGACUUCAAAUUUAGAGGUUUAAAUUCUCAUCCCGAGUCUGGAACUGAUGAGUUCUGUGACUGUGAGCAAGUCUCUUAACCUAGCUGAGCCUUAAUUUUUUUUUUUUACUCAUAAAGGAGGUGGUUUGGUUAGAUUUCUUCUCUCUUUUCAGCUUUUUAGGUUCUUAAUAUUAAGUGUUUUCUUCCUUGAAAUUUAUUGUGACAACCCAACCAUGAUAUGCCCUUAUUUUGAAUAUAAAGUAAUUUAAGUUAUGUGAUAGUGAAUAUAUGCUUUGCACUUGACUUCAUCAAUUGUAAUUCCAUGAAUCAUCUUAUUUGUCGUUAUUCUCUUCCCUUUUUUAGUACUAUUUUUGAAGGAGCACCUGAUAUUAGUUAGUAAUAAAUAUUCAGUACAGAUCUUCAGAAUGCAUUGGUCUUUAGAAAAAAAUUAUUAUAAUAAUUUUUAUAUCAAUUAAAAUCCAUGUUUUUAACUUCAUAUUGUUAUAUAAAUGCUACCUGGUUUAAUUAUCUUUAAUGUUCUGAAGGUUAUUUUAAUCUCUAUGUUCCAUUUUCCCCCUUAAGAAUUUAUUCCUUGAAAGUAAUUAUUUUUUGACUAGAAUUUGCCACAUCCGUCUUAUUUUUGAUGAUUGUGUCCUUGUUUCACUUGAUUUUCUCAAUUUUGUAAUGAUAUUGAUCAUAUUCAAAUAUUAUUUUUGCAUGGAUGUUUUAUAGUUUGCCAUGUGUUCUUUUAAUUUCCUUACAAUGUCUCCCUUUCUUUUUGUGAUACUGAAAGCCUUUGCUGAUCAAGACAUUUGUUUGUGAUUCCUUUUGCUUCUGAUAUGUUGAAUUGUUCUUGUACAAUCGCUAACAGUUAGGGGAGAAGGAAAUGUUGUUUAGAACACUUAGGAAAGUUUAAUAGAAAUAUUAUUCAGUGCCGGAAUAUUUUCUUAAAUGAUGUUAAAACUAACAAGACAAAAUAGCAAAGAGAAUUGUGUUUCCUGUUGUCAUUGUUGAUAUUUCUGACAUCUUUUGGGGGUAGUAGGGAGGUUGUGUUGUAGAAUUGCCAUCUAGGACUUUGACAUGAAAGAGACUCAGGGUCCAGUCCGUGCUCUAUGGUGUUGGAGAGGUUGUCUUGAAGAUAUUGGUCUCACUAAAUCUCAGUUUCCUGUUUACUGAUUAAUGUGUAUGCACAUGACUAACAUUCCUUAGACUUUUCAUACUGUUAUCAACACAUAAGAAAAAGCAUGUAUUUCAGCACAUUUUGGUGACUUUAUAUGCUCUUUUUACAGUCUCAGUUUUUCAUGUUGUUCGGGGAAAAAUAGACAUAAUUCAGCCCCAUUGGUAUUCAAGAUAACAAAGUGUUGUGAGGUUUAGAAUGAAACAGGAAAGUGUCUCUUUAUUCCUUACUCUGAAUAAUUUUCUCUCCCAAAUUGUUGUGGGAAAAAACAGGAGUGGAAACACUGCUCACAUGGUUAUUUCCAUACCUCUCCAUUUGAUCAGUCUGUCAACAUCCUUCUUCUGUUUCUAGCAUCAGGCUUCUCUCUGUGACUGUGGAGCUUUGAGUCUUUCAAAAUCUGAUUAAGGAACAGAGGGUGAUCAUAUCCUUUGUGAUCUGAAGAGAGCAUUGCUUAUAGUUUUCCAGAAAUGAAAGAUGGAAUCUCAAUAGUGUGUAAACUCUGUACAGAGAGUAUAGCAUUUUUAGUUUGUGGAAUGUUUUCAUAACUUAUGUCUUUCGUUUUUGUUCAGAGCAACCCUGUGAAGUAGGUUUAGCAAAGUCUGUGCAUGUUUCAUAUUAUGAUUUAGCCAGCUCACAUUCCAACUGCUUUUGGCUAUGACUGACAAGUCUAUAUAUAGCUUCUUCACAAAAGAAGAAAUGUUUUUCACCUCUCCUGUCUGCAACUUUCAAGAUUCACUCUCCUCUGUCAUAACUGGUUGCUUUGUUCCAACUUAAUUGGUUUCUGUUUGCUUCUGCUUACUUUUUCUAUAGUCUAAUCCCUCGCCUAUGCAUCCUAGUCCUUACAUACCUUUCUUUUUUGUUUGUUAGAGGAUAGACAUUUUUUCUGUGACUGUCCCUUCAACAUUUUCCUCAUGGCACAUUUUCUUCCAGUACUAGCAUUCAUUGAGUGUAUACUAUAGUUCUGUGUGUACAGUAAAAAGCUAUUUUCUGAGCUUAAAUAAUACUGUGUGUAUAUAUGAUUCAAAGCAUAAAGGAGAUUAUUUUUUAUGCUGUUCAAAUGAGAAGUGAAUUUCUGUUUCAUUGUUUCUAUUUAAAAAGUUUUUGCCAGGGAGUUCUGCUAAUACUUUCUUAUCUGUUCUAGUGUACUAGUCUAGUAGCAUUUGCAUGUAGAUGUCUAUGGAUGACAGACUUUGGAAAUGCACUAAAAAUUUGCCACUAUGAAAUGUUUCUUUGUUGUGUGUAUGUUGGUAUUUAUACACACCCACAGAUACUCACAAAUAUUUUAAAAAUGGUUGUACUCAUUUAGUGAAAAUGAAAAGUAGACAUACUUUUAUAAAUCAAAGAAAUGCUUAGAAUUUUAUUUUGUCUACCCAUUUGACAGUUUUCCAUGUUUGCGUUGGAACUAUUUGUAUUCAUAAAAUAUAUUUCAAAAGUGUUAUUCAUUCGAAAGUUUCUAAAUAGACCACUAUUUUUUUGUGUUUGGCAAAUAAGUCUGUCAAGGAUGAGCUGAAUACAUAAGUCAUGAAAAUAAAGUAAAUUUAUAAACAUGAAGGUAAA